AGCGCUGGAGCAGAGAGGAGGAGCCUCGGGCACCGAGCGGGUGGAGUCGGAGGGCGGUGGAGGCGGAUUUCCUGGGAGGGUUCUCUUGGAGCUACCAUGGCGUUUGGGAAGAGUCACCGCGAUCCUUACGCUACCUCUGUGGGUCACCUCGUAGAAAAGGCUACCUUUGCUGGAGUUCAGACUGAAGACUGGGGCCAGUUUAUGCAUAUCUGUGACAUAAUUAACACCACACAGGAUGGGGCAAAAGAUGCCGUAAAGGCUUUGAAGAAAAGGAUCUCCAAAAACUACAACCACAAAGAAAUCCAACUUUCCUUAUCACUCGUUGACAUGUGCAUGCAGAACUGUGGUCCAACUUUCCAAUCUCUGAUUGUGAAGAAGGAGUUCACUAAAGAUAUUCUAGUUAAGCUGCUGAAUCCCAGAUACACCUUGCCACUGGAGACUCAGAACAGAAUCUUGAAUUUCAUUAAGACAUGGUCCCAGGGCUUCCCAGGAGGCGUAGAUGUAAGUGAAGUGAAGGAAGUAUACCUUGAGCUGCUGAAGAAAGGGGUUCAAUUCCCACCCUUGGAUGGAGAGCCUGAGACAAGGCAGGAGGCUGGUCAGAUCUCACCAACUCGACCGACAUCUGUCCCCACUGCUCCUGCUCUUUCUUCUAUAAUUCCUCCCAAGAACCCGACUAUUUCCUUAGUCCCAGAACAGAUCGGGAAACUGCAUAGUGAGCUGGAUAUGGUGAAAAUGAACGUGAAAGUGAUGACAGCCAUAUUGAUGGAGAACACUCCUGGCUCUGAAAACCGUGAAGACAUCGAGCUUCUGCAGAAACUUUACAAGACGGGUCGGGAGAUGCAGGAGAGGAUCAUGGACCUCCUGGUGGUGGUGGAAAAUGAAGACGUGACUGUGGAGCUAAUUCAGGUGAAUGAGGAUCUGAACAGUGCCAUCCUUGGCUGCGAGAGGUUUACUCGAAACCAACAAAGGCAUUUGGAACAGAAGAGGAACCAGAUGGAAGCCACCCAUACUUCCAACGAGCCCUCCGCUCCUUCCUGUGAUCUCCUCAACCUAAGUCCCAUCAUGCCAGUGCCUACAUCCAGUGAGGGAGCACUCAACUCCGUGAACACUCAGCUUUCAGGCCUAAGUGUCAGCUCUCCGAGUCCUGUUAUAACAAACAACUUGUAUCCCAGUCUUCAGCCACACAUGGAUUUGCUAGCAUCAGAAGAUACAGAAAUACCCACCUUGUUUCCCCAGAGGACCAGCCAAAACCUUGCCUCAAGUCACACAUACGAUAACUUUCUGGAACACUCCAAUUCAGUAUUACUACAGCCAGUCACCGUACACACUGCCACAGCAGCAGCAUCGGACCAGAGGCUGCCACCCUUGCCAAGUAAUCAUCCAGUGAUAAAAAACAGUCAUCUCCAGCCACCCAAUUACUACGAGGUAAUGGAGUUUGAUCCCUUAGCUCCCGCUACAGAAGCUGUUUAUGAAGAAAUUGAUGCUUACCACCAGAAAGGAACUCAAAGUCAUAGUGACUGCUGAGAUACAUGAACUGAGCAUCCCAAAGGGCCCGUUCUCUAACGUAGUCCCUGAUCAACUGAGGCCUGGAAGACAAGACUUGCCAACAGGGAAAACCUCAGUGGACCAUUUCUCUGCUGGAAGCUUCAAGAGAAGAGUUAACACUUCCUGGCCAACACUGCUGCUCCUGACAAUGGCUUGAGAUUUCAGGAAAAUCUGGUUGUGAGGAAAACUGCCUAGUACUAGGCCAACUGGUUAAACUAUGGACUCUUAUGUUGUGCAGGCAUUGCUACAGUACAAAUCAUGACACAUAUAUGAUAGGGGUACUUUACGAUUGAUCAUCCUACUAUAAAACAUUAUAAACAGAUGGGGAAAGGAAGAAAAUGAGUGCCUUUAUUUAACUGAAUCUGAAUGUAGAAUUCAGUUUGUACCUGUUUAUAAAUAACAUUUUGGUUUAGAAUUGCUUGAAAAACUUGAUGACUUGUUUAAUGAUAUUUCAAGUGCCUGAGCAGGUCACUCCAUCAGGUGGCCGUUAGUUGUAGUUAGUUCUUUAUAAUGUUAAACAUUCUUGCCUUUUAUUAUAAUUUACAUUCUGAUUUGAAACAAAUAUAACUGGAAAACAGGACAGUGCAUCAUUUAUAUAAAAUUAAAUUACUAUUAAUUUGUCA